AUGAAACUACCAUCAUCAACUUCAGUCGUUUAUUUUACUGUUUAUUCUAUAUUAUUUUUAUUAUCAAUUAUUUUACAUUUUAUUUUACUUUCAUUUAUUUCUUCACCAUUAUGUCGUACUUAUGUUAUUGAUUUUUGCAUAACAUGUAUUUUAUUUUUUAUUGGUAAUCAUUUUUUUUCAUGGAAUAAUCUUCAGGAUCUUCAUUGGCCUUUAGUUCCAUUGAUUUGUUCUUUUUAUUUUAAUUUUACAUUAAAUUCAUUUGAAUUUUUAUCAAUGAAAUGUCUUCCACUUAUUCUUCUGAUAUUUCUAUGGUCAUUCCAUUUAAUAUGGCAAACACUAUUGUCAUCAAAUAAUAUUAAGAACGAAGAUUGGCGUUAUGAAAUGAUGAGACAACAAUAUAAGGAUAAUUUUUUAGUAUUUGCAUUUUUUGCUUUAUAUUUAUUGCCAAUGUUUGAAGUAUUAAUUGGUUCAUCAUCGAUAUAUUACAUCUAUACUAAUAUUCAUAUAUAUGAAAAAAAUAUUGCUGAUACACAAUUAACAGCAUUUCGACGUCAUAAGCAAACAUCAAAGGAACAUAGAUUUGCAGUUUUAUCAAAUGGUCUCUGGAAAUAUAGUCGACAUCCAAAUUAUCUCGGUGAAAUUAUAUUUUGGUGGGGUUUAUUUUUUCUUGGCUAUACUUAUAAUGCACCAUUGUGGUGUGGACUUGGUCCAUUACUAAUAACAUUAAUGAUGAUAUAUGGAUCAAUUCCAAUGACUGAAGAUCGGUUAUUUCGAAAAUAUCCUGACUAUAAAUUUGUUCAACAACGAAUAUCAAUGCUUAUUCCAACAUAUGGUUUUUGA